AUGGGUGCCGAUUUCGGGGACUAUGACAACGAUGGGUGGCUCGAUCUCACUGUCAGUAACUAUCAGACCGAAACCAAUACCGUUUACCACAACCACGAUGGCACCUUUUUUACCGAUAAUACGAUUACAUCAGGUAUCGCAGAAGUAACACACGGCUAUCUGGGAUGGGGUAUUAAGUUGUUUGAUUAUGACAACGAUGGAUACCAAGACAUCUUUGUCGCAAACGGACACUUGAUGGAUAACAUCGCUGUGCUUGAGACGCAUGUAACCUAUCCGCAAAGGAACCUGUUGUUCAGGAAUUUAGGCGAUGGCAGGUUCGCCAAUGUCAUGUCAGAGACGGAUGGCUUGACACUGGAAAAGGUGAGUCGCGGUGCUGCUAUCGGCGAUUACGACAACGACGGGGACCUUGAUAUUCUUGUCACCAAUUGCAACCAACGUCCAGAUCUGCUCCAAAACGCAAUCGGGAAUCGAAACAAUUGGAUACAGAUCCAAGUCGUCGGACAAAAAAGCAACCGCUCUGGGAUUGGGGCAAAGAUUAAAGUCGUCACCGGAACACACGUCCAAUAUUGGGAGGUACAGAGUGGUGGGAGUUAUCUCUCCUUCCACGACCUGCGUGCCCAUUUUGGCGUUGGUAAAGCGGAACAGAUUGAUCUCCUUGAGAUUCGCUGGCUCAACGGACACAUUGAUCGAGGGACACACCUCCCCGUCAACCGGAAGUUUCUGGCGGUUGAAGGGAACAACAUUGUUCCGAUACGUUAG